AAAAGAAGGAGAAGAAGAAGAAGAACGUGAUGCUCCCAAAUUCGAGACAAAAAUGGCGGAAACAAAAGAGGAGACACCGCUAACUGGAGAUUUUCCCAGGGACAGAAAAACGUUCAGCCCCGAGGAAGAAGCCAGACUAGAAAGGCAACAUUUUUGGAGGAUAAUCGAUGCCUUUCGAUAUUACAGGAGGCAUGUACAAGAGCACGUGAAUCGAGCCGAGCGUCACUUUCGUAGUCUUCCUCAGCGCCACCAGAAUUUACUGCCGUCUGUACUGCCAAACCUGGCCCGCAUCCGGCAAUGUGCAGACCACAACCAUGAAGUUCUCCAGGCCAUCGUCCAGCACAGCAUUCACAUGUUUGAGAACAUCGAGUGUGGGGAGAGGGAGGAUCCGAGGAAGGUGCGCUCCUCCUCAACUUUUGACAUGGACAAGCUCAAGUCCACCAUAAAGCAGUUUGUCAGAGACUGGAGCGAGGCGGGUCAGGGGGAGCGGGACUCCUGUUAUCAGCCCAUCAUCCGGGAGAUCCAAAGGCACUUCCCAAGUGACCAAUAUGAUGUGUCUAAGGUCAGCGUGCUGGUCCCGGGGGCUGGACUUGGUCGUCUAGCCUGGGAAAUUGCUCGUCUGGGUUAUAUUUGCCAGGGAAACGAAUGGAGCUUCUUCAUGCUCUUCUCUUCUAACUUUGUUCUUAAUAGGUGUGAAAAGGUGAAUUGUCUGACACUGUACCCAUGGAUUCACCAGUUCAGCAACAAUAAGAAGUCGUCCGAUCAGACACGGGCCAUCAGAUUUCCUGAUGUCAAUCCUCAGAGCCUACCGCAAGAUUCAGACUUCUCCAUGGUAGCAGGGGACUUUCUAGAAGUCUACUCUGAUGCAGAUUCUUGGGACUGUGUGGCUACUUGCUUCUUUAUCGACACGGCUCAUAAUGUCAUACAGUAUGUGGAGACCAUCUGGAAGAUUCUUAAACCUGGAGGAGUGUGGAUUAAUCUGGGUCCGCUGUUGUACCAUUUUGAGAACAUGGCCAAUGAGCUCUCAGUGGAACUCAGCUAUGAAGACAUCAGGGCAGCUAUGGUGAAAUUAGGCUUCCAGAUAGUGGUGGAGAAUCAGUCUCUGCUUACCACCUACACGGAGAACGAACGUUCCAUGUUAAGAUACAUUUAUGACUGUGUCUUCUUUGUGGCACGGAAGCCAGAACAUCUGUACUCUCACUGUCAGGCAGAGGAUGACCAACAGCAUUCACCGCCAGCUGCCAAAUCGCUACGACAAGAAAACCUGGAGUGCCAUACGUGAGUGGAAUUUUUGGAACCAAGGAUGGUAAAUUUACAUGAAAAAAAAAACAGAUGACCAAGGAAGGAUGGAAACUAAAAAAAAAAAAAAAAAAGAACACUAUCUUUUUGUUACGCUCUGUUUCUAAACCACCAAAAAUGUGAUCUCAGGAUCGGGAGACAGUAAUCAUUAACUGUAUAAUUUGGUUUCAGGACAAUUUUUAAGGCAAAUAAGGAUCUUGACUGCAUUAACAGUGAAUGAAGGUACAGUAAAUCAAGAAAUUGCUUGUAGAAGUGAUCACCUUUGUGGUAAAAGUCAAGUUUGGCAGGUUUUUGCUUAACAGGUGAUUUUUCUAACGCAGUGAUUUGCAGUUACUUGAAAGAAAGUACAGUGAGUGAACAUAAAACUUUUGUGCGCUCCUGUUCAAAUGCCAAUUUUUGUGAUAUAAAAAACAAAUCAAGAUAAAUCAUUGUACAAGUUUUUUUCCCCCACCGUUAAUGUGACCUUUAACUUGUACUACUUAAUUAGAAAAAA